AUGGAAAAUAAAGGCACAGACGAGAAUGAUCUGGAACGGGGCAUUUACACAAAAUCUGCAGACCGUCUCGGAAAGGGACAUUGUCACAGAAAAUCUGAACUCAAUCAGUCUAACAAUUGCGGAGUCUGGAUCGUACACUUUCACCGGCUCUUCGUGUCUCUGAUCGGAGCCGACUGGAUUUUCCUCAUGAUCCUGGGCUUCAUUUUGGGCACCAUCAGCUUCCUUAUGGACAUCUUUGUUGACCUUUUCACAGAUGCCCACAGGUGGAUCUACUACAGUGUGGCGGAUUAUCAUGUUGUGGUGCAGUAUCUGGUGUGGGUCUCAUAUUCCAUGAUCCUCAUGUGUUUCGCUGCAGGAUUCGCAAAUAUAGUGUCACCUCAAGCCGUAGGCUCUGGUAUUCCUGAGAUGAAGACGGCUCUGCGUGGAGUGGUGAUGCAGGAGUAUCUCACCUUCAGGACAUUAGUGUCUAAAGUCGUCAGCCUUACCUGUGUGCUGGGCAGCGAGUUACCUGUGGGCAAAGAGGGCCCGUUUGUGCACAUUGGAAGUUUGUGUGCGUCUCUCCUCUGCAAAUUCAUGGCUCUCUUCAGCAACAUUUACAAGAACGAGGCCAGAAAUAAGGAGUUGCUGACAGUUGGAUGUGCCGUUGGGAUCGGCUGCUGCUUCGCUUCUCCUAUUGGAGGUGCAUUGUUCAGUAUAGAAGUCACCGCUAUGUAUUAUCUUCCUCGUAACUACUGGCGUGCGUUUCUGUCCGCUACAUUUGGUGCUAUAAUCUUCAGACUCCUGCCAGUGUGGCACAGAGAGGAAGAGACGCUCAUGGCUCUUUAUGCAACAAAGUACAGACUGGACUUUCCUUUCGACCUGCAGGAGCUCCCAGUCUUCGUUGCCAUGGGGAUCGUGUGCGGCCUCGGUGGGGCUUUUUUUGUGUUUCUGUAUGGAAAGAUCACACUGUUUGUGAAGGAAAAGAAAGCCUCGAACAGCUUAUUAAUGAGAAACUGUUUCUACUAUUCUGCUUUGACGUCUGUGCUGAUUUCAACACUCACUUUUCCACCGGGCUUCGGUCAGUUCAUGGCUGGAAAGCUCACACAACGGUACUCCCUGAUCUCAUUUUUUGACGAUCGCACCUGGUCCAAUCACAGCAUCGUGAAAGACUUCGACGAUAAUGACCAUUUAGCGGCGUGGAAACAUCCGUACGCUAACGUCUUCGUCGUCCUCUUUGUCUUUGUCAUCAUGAAGUUCUGGAUGUCUGCUCUCUCCAUUACCCUCCCAAUACCAUGCGGAUCCUUCGUUCCCAUUUUCGUCAUCGGUGCUGGGUUUGGCCGUUUGAUUGGUGAAGGAAUGGCCACUUUGUUUCCAGAAGGAUUCAACACAGAUGGACACAUAUAUCCCAUAGUUCCUGGAGCUUAUGCUGUUGUGGGAGCGGCGGCUCUGACAGCAGGAGUCACACACACCAUGUCGACCGCCGUGAUCAUGAUGGAGCUGACGGGUCACCUCAGCUACUCUCUGCCCAUCCUGAUCUCCGUCAUCCUCUCCAACAUGGUGUCUCAGAGCCUGCAGCCCUCCAUCUACGACACCGUCAUCCGCAUCAAGAGACUGCCUUACCUGCCACUGCUCAGAUGGGGACAGAGGGAGAACAGUAAGAUCCACGUGGAGGACUUCAUGAAUAGGGAUGUUCGCUUCAUCACAUUAAACUCCACAUACAGAGACGUGUUCAAGAUCCUGUGCUCAGGGAAUCUGAAGACGGUGCCCAUGGUGAAAUCCACAGAGUCGAUGCUGCUUUUGGGCUCUAUUGAGCGAGCUCAGUUGUUGGCGCUCCUGAUAGAGCGAACGCAAUACCUGCGGGGCGGAGCCUACAGCAUACCUGCCCGCAGCAAAGUUCACUUCCAGACGGCCACAGAAGACUCUUCAUCUGCUUCUGCUCAAGUUUCUCCUUCUACACCUCUAAAAUCUGCUCUGAAGAGACCGACUGCAGACGAGGAACAGUUAAACAACAAUGUUUAUGAUUCUGGCCUGAGCUUUAAGACAUUCUUCUGUUCUCGGCCGGACACCGACGCAAUGAAGAAUGACCCAGAUGCACAUGAUGAUAUGAUACUUCAAGAGAUUGAGAAAUGGGAGGAGCAACAGCUUGAUGAGCAGGUAAACUUCAACAGCUGCCAGAUUGACCCCGCCCCCUUCCAGCUGGUGGAUCGAACAACACUGCACAAGACUCACAGCAUGUUCUCUGUGUUGAAUCUGGAUUACGCUUUCGUCACCAGUGUGGGUCGACUAGUGGGAGUCGUAUCACUGAACGAGUUGUGUAAGGCCAUCACAGGCUGCAUGCCACCAGACGGUGUGUCUCUUUCUCCGAUUCUGUCCGGUUUCAGAGAGCGAGGCUCUGCAGGAUGGAGACCUGAGGUGUGUGAGCUGCACAAACUGCUGGACCACCAGGACUGCUGAAACACACACACACACACACCUCCGCGACCAAUGUGUGUUAUUUAUGAUUAACUGUGUGUAAAAAUAAUGUCUGUGAAGAUGUGUUUGUUUCUGUAAUGGACACACACAGACACACACACACACCACCUCAACCAAUGUGUGUGUGUGC